AUGGAUAAACGCCCUGAACUUGCGGCCAUGGUUGGGGGCGCCGGGUUGAAGGAGAGCCAUCCGACCAGUAGUGACUUCAAUUUGUGCCAGGCAGAUGAUGGAGACGACGACGAAGAUAAAGAAGACGAUUUGGAAGAAGGGAACAGACUCUUCCAUUUGGAUGACAAUCAACGCAACAAUCGGAUUGACGAAAGCAAGUUCGAGAUCACUGCUAACGAUAUCGAAUGGGACAGUGGUUGUAGAACAUUCGACUAUGAAGAAAUUGAGAUGACUGCGGAAGACAGAAUCCUGGAGACGCAGAGAAACUGUCUCGAACGGAUCCAGAACUCGAACACACAUGCGAUGAGUUGGGUUCUGCUAAUGCAACUAUCGAACCUGACGUCCUUCCCGCUCAUUGCUUAUUACUACGCAUUUGGAAGCAUGGCCAUGCACAUUCGCCUCCUGAUUCUCGAGGAACUGAACUUUACGAUCGGAAUCAGAUACAAGGGCUACGGGGACCCAAUCUGGGAUGCAGCUUAG